AUGGCAACAUCAGAUGAUCUCAGACUAGGCCUUUGGAACGGAUUCGAAUGUCUGCCACAACGCGAAAACACCCGACGAAGAUACUAUAGAAUCCACGAGCGAUUCUUAUGCUACAUUUUCCGCGUCUUAGCACUGUCGCGCAACAUAAAAGAGCCUACAAACGACAUAUCUGGGCUGCAGCUAACCACGGCUCAGCUGGCCAUGAUGAACCAUAUCUGGGACCACGUCACUGCUGUCAGCCAGCAGGCAGACCUCAGGAUUCUGCUCCAGUCAUCUCUGGCCGCCCUGAACGAAAAUCUCUUUCAACUUCUUGUCAUGUUCUGGACAGACUUGUCGCACGACGGAAACAUGAGCCGUAGCGCUAUCAUGAACUUCUCUGGUGUCUUGGGAAUACAUCCCACAGAGCUAUGUUUCCGCAAGCCCUACGACUAUACUCCUUUUAUAUCAGCACUGCUGUGGGUAGGUCGCCUGAUUAUACUCGAACAAACUGCGACUAGCAUUGCAAAGAAGCAUCUCCCCGCGCUUGUUACUGCAUUCGACCCCAAUACGCCUAAGGAUUACAAUGGAUUCCUUCAACUCCUAGCUUUCCAAACAGGUCAUAGACCAGUUACACAUGCCAAUGCAUAUGCGCUAGAGCAUGGAUUUCCUACCAAAUUGCAGCCUGAUCUGAUUGAUCGCUACCUGGUAAACAGCCAUAUGUGGCAUGAAUUCACGUUGACCCGAGAGGAAGACGCUCUAGACUAUAGCUUAGCAACCGUGCACAAAACCUCAAGCAGUACGACACAAGUUGGUUACUACCCGGACGCUAUUUCUGAGGGAACACCAGAGUGUGCUACACCCGGAAUAAGCGAUACAGAGCCCCCAGACGAGGCUCUGCAUACACAGACACCUGAGCAGAGGCAACAAAGAGGGAAAAAGCGACGCAGAGAGACUGAGAGUUGCAGCCCUCUUACGAGAAAAAUUCUCGAUAUGCAAAAGCAACUGAACGAUCUUGUUCAAGAGCGCGCCAUGUCAAAAAAGAGGCGAGCAACAGGUCGAAAUACUGGUCAGAGUAAUGUAGAAUCAGAUCCUGCGUCAGAGCUGGAUACAAGCGAGUGGGAGGAGGAAAGGACGCUCAGGGCAAGGACUAGGAUUCCGAAGGAUGGAAGCAAGAAGGACUCUAGUUCAAAAGUACAAAGUAGUCGAACCUCAAGUACUAUAAAGCGGAGGAGGGGACGGGUAUCUAGUAAGAGGUUACUAUCGUAA